AUGGGUCACUCCACCGGUGACGAUCUCGGCGUGUUUGCCGCUUCCGUGCGGCUCGGCGCCCUCGAGACCUGCCGCUCGCUCGAGGUGGAUGGAGCCGGCGUGGAGGGGGUCCGAGUGCUAGCAGAUGCCGCCGCAAGUGGCGCGCUGUCAGGCCUCGUCGAUCUCGACUUUGAGCAGAGCGACGUCGGCGAUGAAGGGGUGAUGGCACUGACAGACUCCGCCUUCAACGGAGGCCUGCCUGUCCUCGAGACGCUCUACCUCUCAUGCGACACCAUCACAGACGCGGGGCUGAACUCGCUCACCGAGACCGUCCAGCACGGGAGGUGGCCGAGCAUUCGCAACAUUGCCGUUCGCGACAACCCCGCAAGCCUAGCGGCGAGGCGGCGCCUGCGCGUGGCCUGCUCGCGCCGCGGCAACCGCCGCGACCCCUUUCCGGCGAGCUGCUCCACUCUGUCAGGCCAGCUGGACCGGCCGCUGCCCUCCCUCCGCCCGUUUACGUGGCCACAGUGCGUCUCGAGCGAGGUCAUGGUUUUUGACGGCAGUGCCCAUGCGUGCAGUACCGCGCAACUUGGCCACUGGGGCUGUGGUGUUAACCGUUAA